AUUUUAGCCAAUCCAAACGUUGUUCCAUCAACGAUCAUUCCCAGUUUCGAAUCCCAGCAUGCUUCCGCUGGUGCGCGAUGUGUACAAGCGGGUGCUUGUGGUCGGCCGCGACUACCCCCUGGGCCUGGACUACGUGCGUGAGAAGGCAAAGGCGGCAUUCUUCGACCAGGCACACUUGACAGCGGACAGCGACAUCAAACGCGCGGUGCACUAUGGUCGGUGGAAGGUCAAGGAGAUGGUAGGUGUGAUCCAGCUGAAAAAGUAUCGCGCGAUGAACCAACGGUACACUCCUGCCGACAUGCACGUGCUGUUGCGUACGUUGCACGAGGAAGCGGUUGCGUCACUGUCCAAAUCUGACCCUCUCGACCGCACCAACGACCCUCGGCCAGCAUCAUUCUGACCUUUGGCCACUCUGUGACAUUUACAAUCCUAUACAAGUAUGACCAAACGCCGCCGUCUCUAUUGCGGUAUACUAAUAAAUAAUACUAUAGCGUACAGCUGCUAGCUCUACGCCACCAUGGGA